UUUCUGGAAAUAGUCCUUGAGCGUCGGCGUUUUGCCCGCCAGGGCCCGCAGCGGUGCGCGGGGCUGGAGCGGCGGGAGGGCGGUGCGGGUCCGGCUGCAGCCCCCGCGCCCUGCCCGCCCCCUCCGCGGGUAACGGGGCCGGCGGGGCCGGCGGUGGCGUGAUCCCGCCCAGCGCACCGGGCACGGCCGAGACCGAGCCGCCCUGCGCGCCGCUCCGCCGGUGCGCUCCGCUCCUGCGCCGGUGCGCUCGGGUCCUCCGCCGGUGCGCUCCGCUCCUGGACUCGGCUGCGCCGGUGCGCUCCGCUCCUCCGCGGGUGCCCCUCGGAUCCUCUGCCGGUGCGCUCGGAACCCUCCGCGGGUGCGCUCGGGUCCUCCGCGGGUGCCGUUGGGUCCUGCGCUCGGCUCCGCGGGGGCGCUCCGCUCCUCCGUCGGUGCGCUUCGGGUACCCUGCGGGUGCGCUCCGCUCCCCCGCGGGUGCCCUUGGGUCCUGCACUCGGCUCCGCGGGUGCGCUGCGGCUCCUCCGCGGGUGCGCUUGGCUCCUCGGCUCGGCUCGGUGCGUUUGAGGGGGCUCGGCAGCUGCGAGCGUCCCCGCGGCGGGCAUGGCCCCGCGGGCGCUGGCGCUGGUGCUGGUGCUGGUGCUGGCACGGGGGGCAGCGGAGCUGGUGGAGGAGCUGGUGCUGGCCCUGGGGGCGGCCGAGGAGGGGGCAGCCGCCGUCGGGGCUGCUCCGUCGGGACCCGCUGCCUUCCAUCGCGCCGCCAAGGCAUCGUGGCGGCUGCCUGGGCGCUACGUGGUGAUGCUGCGGGCAGGCAGCGGCGAGGCUGAGGUGCGAGGCACGGCACAGCAGCUGCAGGCCCGGGCAGCGUGGCGGGGAUACCUGACCAAGCUGCUGCAUGUCUUCCACCUCCUGCCCGCCUUCCUGGUGAAGAUGAGCAGCGACAUCCUGGACAUGGCGCUAAAGCUGCCGCAUGUGGAGUACAUUGAGGAGGAUGCCUAUGUUUUCGCCCAGAGCAUCCCCUGGAACCUGCGCAGGAUCAUGCCACCACAGCCCAGCUCAGGCACCUACAACCCUCCCAAUAAAGGUGACCUGGUGCAGAUCUACCUGCUGGACACUAGCGUGCAGAGCACCCACCGGGAGAUUGAGGGCAGGGUGUUUGUGACCGACUUUGGGAGCAUCCCUGAGGAGGACAGCACCCACUUCCACAAGCAGGUCAAGUGUGACAGCCACGGGACACACGUGGCUGGGGUGCUGAGUGGGCGUGAUGCCGGCGUGGCCACGGGUGCCAAGGUCCGUAGCCUCCGUGUGCUGAACUGCCAGGGGAAGGGCACCAUCAGCGGGACCCUCAUCGGCCUGGAGUUUAUCAAGGCAACGCUGGAGGCUCAGCCCUACGUGCCGCUGGUCGUGCUGCUGCCCUUCGCUGGCACCUACAGCCGUGUGCUAAACGCCGGCUGCCGGCGGAUGGCACGGAUGGGGGUGGUGGUGGUCACGGCUGCCGGUAACUACAAGGACGAUGCCUGCCUGUACUCGCCAGCAUCUGAGCCAGAGGUCAUCACAGUCGGUGCCACCAACAGCGAGGACCAGCCGGCCUCCUUCGGUACCCUAGGCACCAACUUUGGCCACUGUGUGGACCUGUUUGCCCCGGGAGAUGACAUCAUCGGUGCCUCCAGCGACUGCAGCACGUGCUUCACUGCGCAGAGCGGGACAUCACAGGCAGCUGCACAUGUGGCAGGCAUUGCCUCCGUGCUGCUCAGCGCCGAGCCCCAGCUGAGCCUCGCCGAGCUCCGGCAGCGCCUCCUGCACUUUGCCACCAAGAACGUCAUGGACAUGGCGUGGUUCCCUGAGGAGCAGUGGCUUCAGACCCCCAACAGCGUGGCUGGGCUGCCUGUCUGGCUGGGCACAGAUGAGCAGCUGUACUGCCGCUCGGUGUGGUCGGCACGCUCAGGGCUCACCUGGCAUGCCACGGCCAUGGCCCGCUGUGCCGGUGCCGAGGAGAUGCUCGGCUGCUCCAGCUUCUCCCACAGUGGCAGGCGGCUGGGGGAGCACAUGGAGGAGAAGGACGGGCAGAAGCAGUGCGUGGCCCACAAUGCUUUCCGGGGCCAGGGUGUCUACGCCAUUGCCAGGUGCUGCACAUGGCCCAGGGCUGAGUGCCGGAUCCAUGCCAGCUCCCCGGCUGCUGGGGGGGCCGGCUGCUCCCUGCAGGACCACGUGCUGACCGGGUGCAGCUUCCACUCGCCCGCUGUGGUGCUGGGUGACGGUGGCAGACCCAUCACGGGGCUGGGGAGUGAGCCCAGUCACUGCGCCAGCAGGACGGAGGUGAUGGCGCAUGCCUUGUGCUGCCCCGCUGCCAGCCUCGAGUGCCGGCUGAAGGAGCACACGUCCCUGGGCCCUACAGAGAAGGUGACGGUGUCCUGUGAUGAUGGCUGGACACUGACGGGCUGUAAUGCCCAUUCCCAGAGCCCCGGCACCAUGGGAGCCUACGCCGUGGAUGAUACCUGUGUGGCAGCCAGUGUCCGUGGCAGCAGCACGGCUGUGGUCGUUGCCAUUUGCUGCCGGAGCCGGCAGUAGGGAUGGGCUGAGCUGGAGACAUGGCUGCCCUGGCCCGGGGUGCUCAGGGGAUGGGUGCUUUGCUGCACUGCUGCAUCCCCAGCUCGGCACUUUCCCAGGUCUGAGCUGCUGCUCCCGGCAUGGGCCACACGCUGACACGUGGCUGCCGAUGACCUGUGUGCUUGGGCUGCCUUGAUGGUGGGGUAUGGGCUCAUCCCCCUCUUGCACGCAGCAGGGCUGAGACCCAGGGCAGCUCUGCAGGAGCUCCCUGAGCAGCCCCCGUGCUGCCAGAGCCCUGCCCCGUCGCAGGACUCAUCCCUUCCUCACCCUGUACCACGUUUUUCUAUGAAAACCCCUGACUGUAUGAGCUGUCUCGAGGCUGUUUGUUUGUGUUGUGACCCAGCAUAUAAUAAAACCACUUCUUUAAAAAAAGAACAAAAAAAACCCCUAAAAAAACCCUGUGGUGAGGAUUGCUCCUUUCUUGCCUGUUUAGUUGCUCAUUAGAUGUCAGCUAAUGCUGUUUAGCACCUGGAAAAUCAUCGUUUAGCCAUUUUUUGGCAGUUUCAUAAUUGCCUACUCAUGUACCUAGGAGGCUCCCUUACUUUUUAGUCAAGUGUAAGGGCUGUAGUUUAAACAGUCUGCUUGUUUAAUUAGAUUUUAAUCUGCAUUGCUACAGUCAGCUACUGCUUUGUUAAGUGGGUUUUUUUUUUUGUUUUUUUUUUUUUGGUUUGUUCUUAAGUCAAAGUUAAUGAUCUGCUGGUGUUAUGUGUUUCUUUAACGGUUUCCCUUUCAGGUCUCCCCACAACACAUAGAACUAGCUGUAAUUCCUUUUAAAAAAGGAAGAAGAAGAAAAAGCUUUUAUAGCAUCUUAGUUUUUACAUUUGUACCUUAAAUAUUUAUUUUGAAUUUUAUCAAUAAACAUUUUAUAAAUGUCUCUUUAAAAUAAAAUUCAUAGACCGGUGCUUGGUA